AUGUCAGCCAGAACAGUCGAGAGGGGUGCGGCAGACAAGAAUAGGAAGCUGGACCACCCAGAAAUGGUCGAGAAACGGUAUACGCUCGCAGAUAUACAAGAGAGAUCGCCAUCACCACUAGAACCGGUCGAUACGAUCAUCAAUAUACCCCCUGAUAAUCGUACUCCCGAUGAUGUACUCAUCGAAAAACCAAACCCAAGCCCAGCGGGUCCGACGAAUUUCUCCACUGAGUCGAAGAUCCUUCUUGACAACAAAUCUCUAAAUCAGCAUGAGGGCGCCCAGUCGAUACAUGUCGCAGCAGCACCUACAAUCUCAUUGUCGAAGCCUUUCGACUCCAACAAAGCAGCACCUUUGGAUAACAAAAACGGUGGGCCAGCACCAGUUGCGACAAGCAAACCAUGUGCUGCACGACCGCCAACCGAGCUUUUGACUCUUCCGCAAAUCAUUGACCGAAUCAUGGGCUCCGGCCUCCCCGAAGAGACGAUAUUUCCUGCCAUACGUCGAUGCUUCGCCAGGUUGAUGAGUGUACCAGUCGAAUAUAUUGAUGCGGAGAUCUGGUAUGCGUUUCAAGGACCCGAAACAAGCGGUGGAGGAGUACAAGAGACGGAAUCAACAUGGCUACCAAGGCUGAAUGAAGUCGAGAUACCAGUGGCUUUUAGCAUGAGCGGGCACGUUCAUGUCGUCACCGGGAGAUCGGUAUACAUAACUUCCGAUUUCCAGACACAAUAUACAAAACAUAUCGCACUUAUUCGAGAGGCUGAGCUUAGUCAAUCUAGGGCUCGUCACACAAUCGGACUCCGAGCGUCAGAUAGAGGUCCAGCAGCAGGAUCUUGUGCACACCAGUAG